GCACUCCUCCCUCCUCGGCUUCUCACAUUGGUUUCCCCUGACAUGACACGGGCUCAGUUGAUAACUUAGAAACAGACAGGAGGGGACGUCCUAUUGUGUGUCUUGUACUUGUCUUCUCUCCAUGAGGUGCAAGGAGGCGGGUGGCUUUUUGAGUGAGAUUUUCUCCUGACAAUUUUUUUGGGGGAAAAGAGCAUUAUUCAUUUGAGGAUUCGUCUUGUUUUUCCUCUCAUUCUGAACUUCUGAUACUGGACUUUGCAGUAGAUGAGGUGAGAUAUCUGUAUUGUCUUGUGAUUCUUGUCACAGUAUGCCCAUCUAGACCACACUGCAGAGCUAUCAAAAAAMCAUGUCUGAGGGUGUCGUCAGAAAAAUCCAACCCUUUACCAUUGGGACCAGGCUGUCUGUCCCCUCAGAAGCCAAAUGCCAGGAGUUUGUGGACGUCUAUCUGCCGAAGUCUGCUGCUCCGAACAAGUUGGAGCUACAGAACAACCUACACGACCAAAUGUCCCUUUACGYGGGCCAGUCCCAGGGGUGGCCUGGGACCGGGAAGUCGGAACUCCCACAAGUGGCCGCCCAGGUCUACGCUUCAACACCAGAGGGACAUCAGGAUGAGAGAGCGGAGGAGGACAGGAAUUCUGUGUCCCCCACUGCAUCCUCUAGGUCCAUCAGGAAGAUUGCUAUUUGCAGGAAUGCCGAGACAGUCCCCGACGUGUCCUUGUGUGACUCUGACCUGGCCACCUCAGUCAGUUCCACGUCGGAGGCCAUCCGAAGCAACUACAACAGUGUUCACCCAAAACCGCCAUCCUUGAUGGUAGAGGACGACUUGGAUAAGAGGUCCAACUCUCAGUCUAAGGAUGGACAUCAGUACGAGACGCUUGACGUGGAGACCGACCACAAGGGAGAGAAGAGGAAGAGACUGCAACAGAUAGAAGGCAACAAAAUCCCUUCCCGAGAGAACACCGUUAACCAAACCUGCCUGAGGUUCCAGUCACUGUUAAGAAACUAUCACCAAGACCUCAAACUGGCUCUGGACGUCUCCUCCUUCUACCAACAGGCUGACAACAUCAUCUUCACCAUCAACAGGAAGAGAAGCRUCCUGUCUGGAUCAGAUAACCAGGGGAGCUGCGGUCAGACAGAGAUCWACAAUAUUGCCAGCCAAAUCAMGAGGGUGGGUCGUUUUCCAAAGACUGUAAAUCAACACCAAAUGAAUUGUGUCACUUCCUUCCACUGCCCCCAUCCCUUCCCUCGACCACGCUCUCUCCAGAUGCUGAACGAGACUGUUUCACGCCUUUCGGACCUCCACCCUACCCUGGCUGCCAGAGUGACACGGAAGCAGGCUGAGGUGCAGGAGAGUUGGGGCCUUCUCCAGGAGGGUAGCGGGAGCGAGUGGCCAGCUUUGCCCACCACCYUUGCCAUAGACUUCUCCUGUGAUGAACCUGGCGCACUGAGUCAAACCAGAGAUCCGGAACAUGAGGCCCAGAGGAUCAUAGGMAAGGACAUCAAAGAGGAACAGAACCCUCUCAAAGGGUUCRAGAACAUGAAAGACUGUGGGGUCCCCAGAAAGCUGACUGUUAGUCAAGUUGAACAGCCUUCCAAAAGCUAUGCCCGAGUCUCCUGUGACACCACCAGCAAUGGCUUGACUGGAAGACUGUGUGUGGAGAGGMAAAGAAAGGACCAGACAACCCAUUUGAACACUUGUUCUCCAGGUUGCCAAUCAGAACUUGGUAUUCAGUUGCAAAAUUCUACCACAUCUGCUGAUAAGACUCUGUCAUGGCUGAAAGACAACCUUGCUAUGUCAACCCCCAGCCACCACACAGCCAGUCUGAGUGGUCCAGAGGAAAAGCCAGGGUCAACCCAAGGCCAGCACCAAGGUUGUGUGAAGAUGGAAGACCUCCUUGGCCAAGUGGAAACGUUAUGGGAAGUUCUGAGGAGAAGACUUCAUAGAAGCAUGAUUUAUUCAAACAGCUCUGAGAGGAUCAACUUGGAGAGGGAUGACAAUCAUGAGACAGACAAGGAUCGGCUCGAAGGACGCCUGUCAGAAUACAGUGCAACCAUGGAAAACGUGGAAUUCUGGAGCGUCCCAGAUGUCAAGGAGCUCUCUGAGACAUUGGAGGAAAACGACAGAGGAAUGCUGACAGAGCUGCUGCGGUGUCUUGACCAGGAUGAAAACGUUGAUCGUUGCGAGGUAGAGCGACAGACCCUUACUGGACAAAUGGAUGACCAGGGGUGCAUGGACUACCCUAUGGAGGACCUUGGUGAAGCAGUGGAGAAAAGAGGACAUUCCCUCUAUCAAAGUCAAGACACCCAAGAACUUCUGAGUCAGCACUCAACACUGACGCUGCACAUCAACCAGCUCUUGUCCAGGUGUGCAGAGUUCAGCAUGGACAUUCUGGACACUGAGACAGACAUGGCAGUCAGAUGUGAGCCCUAUAGUUCUGAACUCGAGGGACUGCAGGAGCAACAGGAUGAGCUAGAGAAGGACUAUCAGGUCAUAAAAGAGGAGGUGGAAGAGAUGGAGGGACUGGCUUUGCGACUACAGGUCCUCCUACCUGACAUGACAGGGGCUUUGGGGGAGGACAUCCAUGCGACCCAGCAAGCUUGGGAGGAGUUGGGCUGGAGCAUGGCAGAGAACCAAUGCAACCUCCAACAAUUUCAGCAACUGCAAGACUUUCUUAGGGCCUACCUGGCCAUGAUCUCAUGGACAGAGGACACGCAGACUUGCAUUUUCUCAGAGGCUUCAGUCCAGCAGUGGAGAUUGGCAGAAUCGAGUGUUCCAUCUGAGCUAGAUCUGAGGAUAGAGCAGAAGUUUGACGAGUUUGACAAGCUCGCUGCUGCUGGGCAGAAGCUUAUCAAGGAGCGACAUCACUUGGCAGAUAUUAUAAAGGAGAGGACUGAGGAACUGCAAAGCAUUCUGGGAUGGAUCCUGGUGUACUGGAGGGCACAGAAAGACCAGCUGGGUCGGGAGAGGUCAAGCGAUUCAAGAAGUGAUGACCCUCAAGGAGACGCAACCAGAUUUUCACAAGGUCAACCCCAGAAUCUAUCCUCUCUGGCAGAACACAACAAGUCCUCUGAAAGCCUGUCCACAAAGCACAGGCUCAUGGUGGCGAGCCAGUUUGAAGGACCACAAAAAUCCCAAGCAGGGAUAGGUCACCAUGCAGAAAACUUUGCCAAGCCAGUAAACGUAACACCACACGUCCCCUUGGAUGUGGCAGUCAACUCGCCCAGCAUUAUCCUUGAAGAGCCCUGUGCUACUGUCACCCCACUGGGCAGCAGCAUCAACCUCAUCCUCAGUUUUGACCAACAGCCACCAGGGGGCGGUCUGCAACAGGGUCCAGUGGAGCCAAAGCAGGCGGUGGAACCUGUGCAUAGGGUGAGCACCUAUCUGCAAGUCACAGAUGGAAGUCCUGUUUUUGAAGAUGUGGCAUCGUCUCAUGUUACUGACACGAGCCACGUGUCAACCACCUUUUCCACAAGCUCAAUCAACGCUACUUUCAUACCCCAAGUCAGGACUGUCUUGCUCCCCACCUUGCCCAGAACCAGUUCCACCUCUACCUUAAACCUGAAGGGACUGAUGAAGAGGAGGAAGAAAAUGACACACAGGCACACUGUGACUGGAAUUGUCGCAAUGCCCAAGCCAGAGGGGGUUACUACCGUGCCCAUCGGUGCCACACACAGAGCUUACACCUGGCCACUGGAGGAUAAGAAGGAAUGCCAUGCCACACAAGGGAGUCCAGUUAAUACAGAACUCCAACUGUAUAUCAAAAAUAAUUCUGUGGUGAGUGUCAUGGAUGGCAACUCUUCAGGCACGUCAAGCAUUCCUCCCGUUCCUACCAUCCAGGGGCAUUUCUUGCAUGGGCCCAAUGAGAUGACCAUUAGGCAAGACAAGAGCCACUAUGGCGUUAUCCGUCUUGGGUCGAUGUUGAGUUUUGACCUGCCCAAGGAUUGGGGGAAAAUCUCACAGAUAAUUGCAAAAGACCUCACACCUGAGAAAGUGCCUUUUGAAGCCAAUGUGGACCAUGCCAGUCCACCUUUGAAUCUGUACAGACCAUCAGGCUCAAACACACUCGGUCAGACUCACGUAUUGUCCAAAGUAAUUGKACAGACUUUCGACCUCAGUCCAGAGAAGGAAAGGCAUCUUGAAGCUGAUGGGGACUGUAGACCGUCAGGCUCAAAUACACUCAGUCGAACUCAGAAAGUGAUUGGGCAGAAUUUCACCCUCAGUCCAGGGGAGGAAAGUAUAUGCGAAACAGGGGACUUUGCUGUUCAAAAUGGUUCACCUUUGAAUCUAUAUAAAUUGGCAGACUCAAAUACACUCAGUCAGACUCACAAAGUGAUUGGACAUACUUUUGCCCUCAGUCCGAAAGAAGAAAAGAGCUGCGAAAUAGCUAGGCAGGACUCGCAGAAGGUCAGCUCAGAGUCUGUUUCUCUUUUGGUUCAGUGUAUCUCGCUACCUGAGAAAGACGACGUCUAUCACGACCUCAGAAGCGCCACAAGGAGUCCUGCCCUUGCUGCUGGAAAUGAGAACAUUUUCUCCAGCACUGUUGGCAUCCAUGAUGAGGAUAAGGUCGAGAUUUCCAUUCCAGUAGCCAUUUUGGACUCUAAAAAGCAACACACUGAACCAAACUGCAGCAGCUCGAUGAUGGAUGACCACGCCCGCACUGAACCAUCACAGAACCACAAGCACAACUGUUUAAGUGUUCACACUAAGAUUCAAGACCUCAAUAACCACAUAUACAUCCCUUCUGCAAAGAGGCAAUUCGCUUUCCAAAGUGACCUUCGAGUUGUAGAGAUCAAGGGCUUGUCUACUGUGUCUGAAGACUCCACAUGGAUGGGUGUGCGCAGUUCUGGACGAGUCAUUGUGUGCUCUGAGGACAACUGUUGCGUGUGCUCCGACAGUCCCGCACCAAUGAUGGUACUGGGAAAAGAAACUUCACCCAAAAGAGAACCAGAUCAUAUUCAUCCUGAUCAUUGGCAGUUUGAGGAGGAGGAAGAGGAGCUGGAGGAUAUUUGGAAUUGCACAGACCGUGAAAGAGCACCUUGAAUUACUGUGGUCCCAAACUCUGAGGUGGUGGCAAUGCCACACUGACCAGUGACCAACCAGCCAGAGAUGAAAGUGGCCCUAAACAUAAAGCGUCUCAGAGUAGGAGUGCUGAUCUAGGAUUAGUUUGCCUUUUAGAACAAAAUUAAUAAGAUUAUGUGGACAGAUCCUAGAUCAGCACUCCUACUCUGAGAUGCUUUGUGGGAUACAGACACAGAUCUAGGAUCAGCUUAUUCUCCCCCUUUUCCAACUUUGACUCCAUGGACUUUUACUUCACAUUGCCUCAGUGACAUUAGAGGAUCAUCGUGUGCAAGCAGCAGUGAUGGAAAAAGUACUCAAUUGUCAUACAUUAAUAGAAAAUGACUCAAGUAAAAGUGAAAGUCACCCAG